AUGACAACCCUGCGGAGCGUGGUGGAGGAGACCGUGCCAGAGCUGUUCCCGGCACUGGUCAAGCAUGUCUCGCAUCCGUAUGCCCUGGCCAUGGCCCUCGACGACCUGCUCCCGGGCCCGCCGUUGCCGCCGCCCGACGCGCCUCCGCUGGCGGAUGCCGUGCCGACGCUGACGCUGACAGAGGGCACCCGGGCCCUGUUCUACUCGCUGAGCAAGUCGUACCCGGGGCUAUUUGGCCCGUCGUCACAGACCGCCAAUCUUGAGCUCGCACUCAGCUCCAUGCUGCUCUCGUCGUCGGCCGAGGCCCGCUCGACCGCAGCCUCGCCGAGCAGCAACGCCGACGAGGUCGACGCUGCACUUGCCUCGCUGCUGAGCCCGACGCCUGCGGCGCGGCCGGGCUCGGACGGAGCUGGUCCCGAUAAUGCUGACAGCCCAAGUCGCAGCGCCGACGCCGGUGCGGCGCGGCACAUGGAUCCGCUGGUCAACACUCUUGUUGAGCACCUGGCGCAGUUGCCGCUCGAAUCGUAUCUGGUGGCGCAGGACGCGGUCGGCUUCCUGUAUCUGCUGUUCGAAGCGCAAGUGAGUAAGGCGAGCGGAGGGCUUGGGGCUGAUGGCGAGGCGCACACCGAACUCGCUAGCAACAUUGCCGAUCGGGUGGCCGAUGCGAUCCCGUCGAUUUCGGCGUCGUUGUUGGCGGUGCUUAUCCGCAACUACUUGCGUAUUUUUGGACGAACGCUUGGCCUUUCGUCCGUGCCUGCCAUCUACACACUUAUUCCGUCGCAUGGCGAGCUUGCGGAGCUUCGGGCUGCGUUGGCGGCGAUGUCGUCUGCGGGCGAGGAUCUGACGCUUGAGGCUGCCAACGACGCGCUGGAGACGCAGCGGCUUCGUGACCAGCUAGCAUCGCUGUCUGGGACGGAGGCGCCAGCCGCCACGACUGAGGCUACAGAGACGUCUGAGACGUCGAUCCGGCUGAUGCGGACGAAUAAGGAGCUGCGGGCGAAGCUUCGCGAGGCCAAGGCAGACGCCAGCAACGAGCUCGCACAGGUCCAGGCUGAGCUCCGCGACUCGGUGCUGCGGGCAGACAACCUGGCGUACGAUGUGGAGCGGCUGCAGAAGGCGCUCGAUGAGCGUGUGGCCAAGGACGCGUCGCUGGAGAGCUCGCUGACCAAGCUGCAGUCCAAGGUUGCCGACCAUGCGCUCGAGUCGGAACAGUUUGCGCUCGAGCGGGCUGAGCUCGAGUCGCGUGUCCGAUCUCAGGCGAUGGAGCUCGAGGCUCUGCGGGCGCGGGGCAGCGUGGCAACGGGUCGGUCGCUGGAGACGGCAUCGCCGAUGGCAUCGCCGCGAGUGGCGAGCACGGUGGCAGAUCUUGCCGAUGCGCGUGAUGAGAUUACGCGGCUGGAGCGGGUGAUCCGAACGUCGGCGGCGACACACGCCGAGGCGCUGGACGCGUUGCAGCACGAGCUCAACGAGGCCCGGGCUGAGAAUGAGCACCUGUACAAGGAGCAGGCGGCCCACGUGCGCGAGCACGCAAGCCUGCUGCGUGAGCUCGAGUCUGCACGCGACUCGGCCGACGAUGUGCAGGUUGAGCGGCGGCGACUCAACGCCGUCAUUGUCUCGCUCAACUCGGAGCUGAAGCAUACCAAGGCUGCGGCAGAGCAGGCCCUCGAGCUGGAGAAGGAGGCGGCAGCGAACCGGGUGUUCAAGCUGGAGCGUGCCCUCACACGUGCGCAGGCGCUGGCUGACUCUGUCAUCGACGCGUCUGGCGGUGAUGGGCGGGGAGCAAACGGGAGCGCGGCGCUCGCCGACGCCAUGCGCGAGUGGAACGAGGAGCGCAACGACUUGCUCGACCACGUGGCGCAGCUGCAGUCGAAGAUUGCACGGGCGACCGACGAAAAGGCGGAGCUUGUGGCCGAGUUUGAGGAGACGCUGCGCAAGACACGUGAGGUGUACGCGUCCGAGUCCAACCGCAAGACUGCCGACGGCGAGGCGGCGCUGGAGCGCGCGCGUGCGGCAGCAGUCAAGGCGGCGCGCGAGGCCGAUGCAGAAAAGGCCGAGCUGCUGGACCAGAUCGACGAGCUGCAGGCGCGUAACGCGACGCUGGCACAGCGGUGCGACACUUCGCUCGGGCACAACGAGUCUGUGCAGCUGCAGCGGCGCAAGUGGAUGGACGAAAAGGCGCGGUUCCUCCGCGACGCGGAAAAGUGGCAGGUCGAGCGGUCUGCGCUCAUUGCAGCCAAGACCAAGGUGCUGAUGGAGCACAACGAAGAGAUCAAGGUGAUGCGUUGCAUGUGGGAUGAGGAGAAGGCAUCGCAGCAGGCGCUGCUGGAUGCCGCGCACGCCAAGACCAAGCUGUACAAGGGCGAGGUCGAGGAGCUCAACGCCGAGCUGGAGAAGAUCCACGCCAAGCUUGCCGAAGCACAGGCCGAGCUGCGGGCGCAGCGGGCAGAGUUUGAGAGCGCGGUCAGUGUCGAGGCAGCCAAGAUUUCGGCCGAAAAGGAGGCCGGGCUGACGCGGGCGCUGGCAGACGCACAAACCAUGCACCAGCAGGCGAUGAAUGUGAUCGAGGGGUACAAGAAGCAGAUGCGCGAGUCGCAGCUGAUUGAGGAGCAGAUCGAGAGCGAGCUGGCCGAGGCUGCAUCUGCGCGGGCGACCGUGGCCAAGCUGACCGAGGAGAACGCGCGUCUGAAGGAGGAAGUGGUGGCCAAGACGCAGCUCAUCGAGGUCUCGUCGAUCCACUCGCACCUUGCGGUCAUGACCGAGUGUGAGGAGCUGAAGGCGGUCAACGCCAAGCUUGUGGCGCACAACAAGACGCUCGACAAAGGCCUGCGCAACACCAACCUCGCGCAGCAGCGGUUGGCGGCGGCGCUGGCGUCAUCGAACGCCAAGGUCGAGACGUGGAAGCGCAAGGCGCUGAACCUCCGCGACAAGCUCGACCGGAUGGAGCGGCUCGGCGGUUCGCGCCUGGGCAACGAGCGACGAAGCAAUGCUGCGGCAUCGUCAUCGUUCAUGGUUGCCGCUGCUGCGUCGAUGCGUAACGCCGGAUCGACACCGCAGCUGCGGCGUUGAGCCUUCUUGCGUCCUGCUGCCGAUGUGCUGGAUACAGAAUGAAAUGGCCGGGCUG